UUGUGUGUUCAUAGGGGGGCAGCAUAAAGGGUAAUUAGGCGUUUCCAUGUAUAGAGAGGAGCUGUGAAGGUGGUCCUCCUGUUCUGUUCAUGGAGAAGGUUAUCCCUGAGAUCCAACCAAUCACGGGUCCUUUUCAUCACAUGGAUACCCACAUGUUAGUCAAGGCAAAGGCAAUUGCUUUGAAAAAAAAUUGAGCGGUGACCCAUAAUCAAAGCUCUCACACAGUUUCUCCAUAUCAAUCGCUGAAGUAAAGCCAAAGUUGUUGGAAUCUGAUGGCUGAGUUCUACCUUCCAAGUCAAAAACAGAGGUGGGGGAAGCGGAAAAACAAGUGCAGAGUAAGUGAUCCUACCGCAUCACGUUACUUUUCUAGCUUCGUCUGUGACUUCCUGCGUUGCGGCACAUAAAACAAAACUUUUUCUCUGAGGACAAACUUCAAACACCUGGUGGGCAUGGCUCAUUUCCGCGAAAUCUUCUUCCACCAUACCCCGUUUUGGUGGUAGUUGAAAACCCAAUAUGCAAUUUUGUAGCUGACAUUUCUGCUUGUAAGAUUUGACAGUGGGCAGUGAUUUCCCUCACGGGCUUUAACGCCAUCGCCAACACUGUAAAGUUAUAUACUACUUGCUACAAUGAGAUAGAGAGAAAGAGAAUCAUUGCAUACCAGGUUGUUUCUCCAAGCAAUUUGGGUAAGGAAGUUGUUAAGAAUGCUUGGUUUUUAUGCUACUUUUCUGUCUUGAAAAUUCCUGAUCGUUUGAGUUGAAAGUUCUUGUUCUUUGAUUUGUUUGUGUGUGGCAAAUUCUGCUUGUGAUUCCUCAUCUGGGUUUUUGGUUUCUGUUAUUUUGUUUGUUCAUACGAUUGUUAGCUGCUGUCCCAUGACAACAAUAUCUGAUCUACUAUGUUUCAGUACAAAUGUUCCAUGAUAUUGUUCACUGUUUCUCAAAUAAACAAACAAACAGGUUAGCUCAGGGAGAGGGAGAGCACUGUUAAAGCAACGAAGUGAAAAAGUUGUUGUGGGUCAGAGAGGUUUGAAGGGGAAUACCAACUGUUCAUUCAACCUGCUUUUAUUCUUCAGCAGGAACUGCAAAAUAUGCAGACCUCAAAGCCUAAAAAUUUAGAAGCUCCGCUGAGAAAACCUCGACCCACUCGACAACUUAAAGCGUCUGGUUCGGAUUCUGUUUCGGCUUCGGGUUCUCCGCUCCCUCCGAGUAAAAUGACGAAGGAAAGAAGUCCUAGACCUGUUGUUACAAAAUCAGUUCAGAGCUCAGUACUUGAGAAAAAACGCCCAAAUCGAGUUUCUACAAUGGAAUCACAGAUUGCUCAACUUCAAGAUGAACUGAAAAAGGCAAAGGAUCAACUGAACUCAGCUGAAUUAGGGAGGAGGAGAGCAAAAGAGGAAGCUGAAGAGGGUAGGCAGCAGCUUGAAGCCAUGUCGUUGGAGCUUGAGGAGUCCAGACAGCAGUUGCUAGAGCUUUCUGCUUCUGAAGAUGAACGGAUUCAAGAGCUACGUAAAAUUUCACAGGAUCGAGAUAGAGCAUGGCAGUCUGAACUUGAGGCCCUCCAAAAACAGCAUUUAAUGGAUUCAGCUGCUUUGGGUGCUGCCAUGAAUGAAAAUCAGAAGCUUAAGCUUCAGCUGGAAAGGAUAGCUGGUAUGGAGGUGAACCAUAGUAGACACGCCGAAUCUGCACAAGCUGAGAUUCAUAGCCUCAGAAUAGAACUCAAAGAAACACUCUCACUGGUGGAGGAACUCAAAUCCAAGCUUUGUGAAUAUGAAGAUUCUGAAGCUCAGAGUCUUGAAGAUCAGAAGAAAACACAGAUGGAACUAGAAACAGCAAACGAAACCAUUGAAACGCUUCGAUCCGAGGGAACCAAUGCGAUGAAAGCGUUCAGCUCCGUAUCCUUGGAGUUGGAGCAAUCCAAAGAAAAAGUUGCAUCAUUGGAGGCCCUUGUUAGCAAAUACCAGGUCGAUUUGGCUGAGAUUGACAAGAAACAUUUGGAAGAUCAGUCUGAAAAUAAGAACAGUGAGAAGGAUGAGGAAGAAACUGAAUACAUCAAUCAGCUUAAAACUGAGCUUAAUUGUGUUAGAUCUGAAAUGGGUCAAUUGAAACUGGCUUUAGAUGCUGCUGAUAGAAGGUACCAGGACGAAUAUCUUCGGAGUACGAUACAGAUCAGAAGUUCUUAUGAAGAAUUGGAAUCUGUAAGAUCCGAAUCGCGUCUUAGAGAGGCUGCAUUUGAAGCUGAACUCGUUCGAGCAAAGGCACAAAUUGAGCAACUGAGGACGGAUCUCGAGGAUAAGGAAGCUCAACUUCUGAGCAUUGCCAAGGAAAAGGAAACUUCAAACAUGAAUCAGAGAAGCAAAGAAAGUGAAAGGGAAUCCGAUGAUAAUACAGAACAGCUGAAGAAGUUAGAGGCUGAUAUUGAGGAGUUGAAGGCAAGCCUGCUAGACAAAGAGACAGAGUUGCAAGGAAUCAUUGAAGAAAACGACAUGCUCCGGGUCGACAUUCAAAAAAUGGAAACAGGAAGGAAGAUGGCGAAUGGCGAAACUACCGAUCUGGAAGAGCCAGCAAACGAAGAGACUUUGAACAAACUUGGGAGUGUAAACGAAAACUCGGAAAUGGAGGCGGAAUUGAGGAGGCUAAGGGUGCAGUUAGAGCAAUGGAGGAAAGCAGCUGAGGCAGCUGCUGCAAUGCUCUCACCUGGGAAAGAUGGAAAGCUUGUAGACAUUUCAGGUCCUAUUGACAGCAACUAUCCUCAUGGCUCGUUGUACUCCGAAGAGCUCGAUGAUGACUCGCCGAAGAAGAAGAAUAUCAACAUGCUGAAAAAGAUAGGCGUUCUAUGGAAAAAGAAUCAAAAGUAGGUGAGAGAAGUGCAGCAAAGUAUUAUGCAAAUUGGGUUGGGUUGGGUUCUUUUCUUCUAUAAUCUUGGCUUGAAUUGAUAGGCAACCAAAUAUUUUAUGUGGAACUGUAUAGUAUAGUUGCUCAAACUGGUAAGUUUUGAUUUUUUAUAAGUUACAAAUGAAUUCAUGAUGCGUUUCUGCAGAAUACAAUAAGUUUUUUGCACUGCC